AUGGUUUUUAGAUUCUCAAUAAAUGGUAAAGCCUUAAGUAGUUUAACAUUAGAUGAAAUAUUUUCAGAAAUUAGAAAAAGAGAUCCAACCAUCAGCCCCUAUUUAAAAAAAUCAAUUUUAAGAAAUAAGUUAAGAGAAUUACUAGAACAAGAUUUAAAAAAUAAAAAUAUUAAUAAUAGUAAUAAAAGACCAUUGAGCGAUGAUGAAGAUAGUGAUGAGGAUAGUGAUGAUGAAAAAGAUGAUAAAAAUAUUGAAGAUAAUUUUGAAAAAUCAUUAGAUAGAUUAAUUUUAAAAUUUAAAAAUAAAAGAAUGAAAUAUGAAAAAGAAAAUUCAAAAAAAUGUUUAAAAUUAUAUAAAAAAGUAAAGAAACAAUUUAAAAUAAGUACAAUUUUAUAUCCAUCAUUAUCAAUAAAAGAAACAGAUGAAUUUAUUAAAUUUAUGGUUAUUAAAGUUAUAGAGAAUGAUUUAGGUUAUCAUGAUGACGACCACAAUAAAAUUAAACUAUUACCUCCACCAUCAAUUGAAUCAUAUUGGAAGAAAAUGGUAAAUAAUUCUGUACAAUAUAAAGAGUUUUUAAAAAUCAUUGGUAAAGAAAUUCAUUUUAAAUUACCUAAACAAAUUUAUAAAGAAAAAGUCAAACACCAUUCAUACCUAAGAGAAAAAUAUGAACACACUUUAAAACUCUAUUCAAACUAUUUUCCAGAAUCAUCAAUCAUUCAUUUAAAUAAAAAAAAUAAUGAAUCAAUUUGGCCAUUAAAUUAUCUUUCACCUUCAUACUCAGAUGCAGAUUCAAGUUCGGAUUCAGACUCAAGCUCAGAUUCAAGUUCAGAUUCAAGUUCAAAAGAAGAAGAAGAAGAAGAAUUGGAAGAAGAAUCAAAUAUUUCACCACCAAUAACAUCACCACCAAUAAAUAUUUUUAGUACUUGUUUUGGUUCAUUCUCAUCCUCAUCUUCAUGUGGUUCUUCAUCAGUGUCAUCAUCAGCUUCAUCAACACCUUGUUCAUCUCCAUUAAUUAGUAGACCAAUUUUAAGAUCAAAUUCAAUAACUGCUUUAGGGUCAAAUAAAACUAUUGAUAUUAUUAUUGAAUCAAAAACUGAAAAUUUAUAUUGUAGAGUUCCAAUAAAACAAAAUUUUUCAGAAAUUAUAAAAAGUUUUAGUAAAAGACAUCCAAAUUUUAAAUAUUAUUAUUAUAAUAAUCAAGUCUAUAAUAGUGAUACUCCAAAAUCUCUUGAUAUGGAUGAUGAUGAUAUCAUUGAAGCAAGAGAAGAAGUGGCAGAAAAUCUUCAAAAAGAAAUUGUACAAGAAAAAGAAGGAACAUUUUAA